AUCUUUAUGACGUCGACUACAAAAACAGCUGAUUACUAAUGGCUGCCGUUAUUGUUAUUGGACGAUUUCUGUAAUUUUCUUUGUAGUUUUGUUUAUAUUAUUAAUUUUAUAAUGGGGUUUUCUACUCAGAGGUGAUAAAAUAUUUUUAAAUAGUACUCUUCAGAAUCCUAUCAAACUUACAUUAUAUUUGCGACAGGAAUUGGAAAUGAUGCAGUUCAUGCUCUUAUUCAGUAGACAAGGCAAACUUCGCCUUCAAAAAUGGUAUGUGGCCCAUCCUGACAAGGUAAAGAAGAAGAUAACAAGAGAGCUGAUAACUACAAUUUUAUCGAGGAAACCAAAGAUGUGCAGUUUUUUGGAGUGGAAAGACUUGAAAGUUGUUUACAAAAGAUACGCAAGUUUAUAUUUUUGUUGUGCCAUUGAACAGAAUGACAAUGAGUUAUUAACACUAGAAAUCAUUCAUCGCUAUGUGGAGCUGCUGGACAAAUACUUCGGCAGUGUUUGUGAGCUGGAUAUAAUUUUCAACUUUGAGAAAGCCUACUUCAUUCUUGACGAACUGUUGCUUGGAGGCGAGAUCCAGGAGACGAGUAAAAAGAACGUGUUGAAGGCGAUUGCUGCCCAGGACCUACUGCAAGAGGAGGAGACACCUCAAGGAUUUUUUGAAGACCAUGGACUCGGAUAGAAUGUUUAUAGUAUCAGUUGCUGAAAUCGAAUUAUAUCGUUCAUUUAGAAAACAUACUAUACGUAUAUUCCAUGUAAAGAAUGGUAGUCUGAAAUUUGUUUAUUAAGAAACGAGACUGUUCAUAUUUCACUCUUUUAUCCAAAUAAGUUGAUUAUUAUUCAGUUAAGUAGUUACUAAAAGCAUUCCAAUUAUUAGUUUCUAUCAGAAUCAAACUUUUUCUACAAAUUUAAGGGGUAAAACAAAAUUUUAUAAACUAAUUACAGUAAUAUUACUUUACUUUUCUUGUUCGUCACAAUUAUUGAACUGCAUUAAGGGAGCAACGAUCCCGCAGUAUAUGACACGUCGUAGUUUAAUCUAAUAUCUACUAACAUCCCUCCUAUUUCAACACAACAGAUCCCACAUAACAUACAUCAAUCAAACAUUAUUAAUCAUUCCACAUAAAAAUCGCUUCUACGGACCAAAUUCGGUGGAAUAUACUAGAGACAGCCACCUAAAUAAAGCAAAAUCAGCUUUCCCGAGAGAAAUAUGUUUUUCAGCAUUGCUUUGAAAGACUUCAUUCUAUUUUUUCUAAAACAUCCCUUAAAUCUUGAAGAUGAAAACAAAUUUAAUGCGCAUCAACUUGAAAAUCUCUUCAAAUGAACUAAGUGAACAAACAAUGACGAGGCGUUUCAUUAUUUAACUCAUAAAUAUUCUUUCUCAAACUAUUUUCACACCUAUAAUAAAACAGAGAUAAUUAUCUACAUGCCGUAACUAACAAACUAAGGUCUCUUCCUUUGAAUAUUAUCAUUAAUAUAUGUUGUACAUUUCCCAUAAAAUAAUGUUUGCUGCAUUAGUUUUUUUAUAAGUUCAAUGACCUGCUCUCAAAGUUGAUUCAAAAUCAAUAUUGGAAACUAAAACACCCAAAUCAAUUUCGAUUCACCAGCUAGGCGUUAGUUUUGCAAAGUGGAUAGUUUUUAUAGAAAUAAUAAAGUGAUGUUGCUAUUAAUGCUGAUUACCUAUUAAUUUUGCCCAAUUGUUUGCAGAUGUAACACUACUUUUUCUUGAACGGUAUAAUAAAUUAAUUUAUUUCUCUAUUUCUAGUAGUUUCAUAACAAAAAGGAACUGCACAUACGUUAUUCCGUCCAUACCACCUCACAGAGUGUGAUAACUAGUUUUCUCUAUUAUUAAAGAAAACAAAUGCUUCACAGUGAUUUUUAAUUUAUUGAAGCUUUUUAAGAAAAUCUUCCUGAAUUUUCCCAGUGAUUUUAUUUAUAUUUAUUAUAACAGGGCAUUCUGUAUACCCAUUACUGGUCCAGAAUUUAGAUUUUAGGUAUUCAAAAUAAGUGCGCUUGUAUUAGAUAUCAAUAUUAGGCUACUGUAGUUUAGUUACUAAGUACUGUGAAAGAAUCUUAUAGUUUUAAUUAGACUUGAUUGAAAAUUUUCAAUUGUGUUACCAUUUAUACAAAUCACAUUGAUAAAUAAAAUUCAGCUUUACAAUUAUUUUAAAGUUAUGAUUCUUAAAAGUCAAUUUUUUGUGGAACUAGAAUCAUUCCGAUUGCAUUGUUAUUACGAUACUGUAAAUCAUAAUUCAUAAAUCAUAAGGUAAUUCAAUAUUCAUAAUACUUAGAAUAAAGCAUGAACAAUAAUGAGGAUAAUCUCCAAUUAACCUGAGACAUCCAAAAUGAGCUAGGCUAAAUAUUUUGUGUGAUAAUAAUUUAUUGUAUAUUGUAUGCAUAUAUAUAUAUAUAUUCCUAGGGAUCAAACAAUAUAUUUGUCUAUUUAUGCUCUAGUAUAUGCAUGCAAUAUGCGUUUACUAUUACAUGUUAUAUUACAUAUUAUUAUAAGAGUACAUGCUGUAAUAGACCUCUAUUUGCUGUCAUGAAAAAAUGUGGUUAUAUUAGCAAUUUAAUACACUGUAGAAAUUAUCUGCCAUAAUAUUCAUGAUGAGUGAAAUUAUAUGCAUCCAAACCCAUUUGUUCGGCUUGUAAUAUUAGUCAAUUAAUUUGACAAUAGUCUGCUUGUUACUAUGAAAGAUUGUAUGGACUAUGUAACUAUAUAUGAACUUGCAAGGUAUAGGUAGCUAGCAAAAAAUUGAAUUCAGUGCCUUCAAUUGAAUGAGUACCGUAUUGUAUUUUUGUGAAUAAUCAUGAUUCAAAAACCAAGUAUAAAAUAACAUUUUGUUUUUUUGCAAGUUGCGUACUAAUAAAAAAAAUGAUGAAAUGACGUAUUUCAUUAGAAUUUGGUCACAUAAUUUUUCUUACCAACUUUAAAAAAAUGAUGAAAUGACGUAUUUCACUACAAUUUGGCCACAUAAUUCUUCUUACCAACUUUAUAAUAACUCAUCAAUUUUCAAAAUUAAAUAUUAAAACUGCAAAUAAAAAAAUUUCUCACAGACUAAUGAAUUGAUAGUUCUGAUUCGUAUUCUGCAAUGGAUUGAGAAAUUCAAACCUCUAUAUAUCUAAAUAUAAUUUAUGUAAUUUUUCAAUACUCCACCAAGAGCGUUGGGAGAAUAAAUGAUCCAAAUCGAAAAUCAAAAGAUAUUCUAGGAUAAAAUACAUCUCAAGUGAACAAAUGGAUUAUCAUAAUAGGCUGAACAGUUAUUACAGCUAAAUUGGCUGUACAGUGUAUAAAUUCAACUAGCGGAUUAUUUGUUGUAAAUAGCCGAAUCAAAAGAAAAAGAAAUAAUCGUAGAAAUAAUUCAGUAUUAUCUUGGAUUUUCCACUUCAGUAUUGCUUUUAUAAAAUGCUGACCAUGCUGACCACUUGAGUAGUUUUUCAGCAAGAAUCAUAUUGCACUCCCAAUUUUAAAUGUCCGUCCAAAUAGUAAAAGAGUGGACAUUUUACUAUUAAAGACUACCAAUGAUUCUAGUUGGAGAAGACAAGACAGUGAAAAUAAAGUUACUUUAUGUAUACCGCGAUACUGUAUUUAAUGGAUUAUUUUAAUUGUAUACGUUUUAAGCAAUCUUCAUUCCUUAUAAAUGAUAUCAAUAUUUUCAUUCAACCGAUGUUGAAGGUUUAAAGUGAAUCUCACCAUAUAUAAUACUGUACAACCAAAAAAAUAAAAUACGGUAUGAAUAAAGAUGAAUAGUUUUUUUUAUAGAAAUCAAAUGUUUUUCCCACCUAAUUCAUGUUGUAGUUUAUUUUCCAAAACUUUUUAAUUGUACUUGAAAACUUGAAAGACUUCUCUAACAUUUUUGAAUCUAGUUUCUAAUAUAUUUAGGCAUAUUUAUCUUGAGAGUUUUGAUGUUUGGUGCUUAGGCCUUCAACUUUUUUUUUGUAAACUUAACAAAGCUAUUUCUCAGUGGUAGAUAUUAUUUCUACUUUCUUAAUGUUCAUUGGCAAAAUUUAAUGAUGAAAAGAGUUACGAUACCAAAUAAUAUUUUCUAUGAUUGAUGAUUUUUAUAUGCUUAGGCCAGCCGCUUUUUCCAAGCUUUUCAAAUCUAUCAAGAAUAAUGCUGUAAACGCUGAGUGUAUUUUAUUUGAUUGACGCACAAUUUAAUUUAUAAAUUUCUCUUGUGACUACCGGUUUGUAAAACUGAUCAACAUCGAUGUUUAUUGUUCAAUGUUGAUCAGUUCUUGGUUUCCAUAUGGAAAAUUCCUUGUGAAAGAUGGAACGUUUACCAAUACCAAUAGUAAUUUAGUAAUUAAAAGACAUUUAGAAUAA